AUGGUUCUACACAUUAUGCAGGCACCACCCAGUGGACAGCUGCAGUAUUGCAGCCCUAUCAGGACAACCCUGGAAGAUACUGGGCACCCAUUCUCAGCACCCGUGGUGAAAACAGUUCAUGGCAAAGUCUUGGGGAAGUACAUCAGCUUGGAAAGAUUCAAACAGCCUGUGGCUGUUUCCCUGGGAGUCCCCUUUGCCAACCUCCUCUUGUGCUCCACCACAGCCUGCAGAGCCCUGGAGCUUCAUGAAAAAUGUGACCUCCUACCCUCCUAUAGCUACCCUUUCCUUCCCACUGUGAUUGAUGGAAUGGUGCUGCCAAAGACACCAGAAGAUAUCCUGGCUGAGAAGAAUUUCAACACUGUCCCCUACAUGGUGGGCAUCAACAAGCAAGGGUUUGGCUGGAGCAUGCAAAUGAUGAUAGGUUUUCCACUUUCUGAAGACAAACUGGACCAGAAGAGGAUCGCUUCCCUUCUUUGGCAGUCUUUCCCAAUCCUUAACAUCUCUGAGAGUCUGAUUCCAGCUGCCAUUGAGAAAUGUUUAUCAGGGACAGAGGACUCCAUCAAAAAGAAAGACCUUCUCCUGGACUUAAUGGGAGAUGUGAUGUUUGGUGUCCCAUCUAUGACUGUAUCUCGUGGCCACAGAGAUGCUGGAGCUCCCACCUAUAUGUAUGAGUUCCAGUAUCGCCCAAGCUUUGUAUCAGACAUGAGACCCAAGACUAUGAUAGGGGACCAUGGUGAUGAUCUCUUCUCUGUAUGGGGAGCCCCGUUUUUAAAAGAGGGUGCUUCAGAAGAAGAAACCAAUCUCAGCAAGAUGGUGAUGAAAUUCUGGGGCAACUUUGCCCGGAAUGGGAAUUCCAAUGGGGAAGGGCUACCCCAUUGUCCACAGUAUAAACAGAAGGAAGGUUAUCUGCAGAUUAGAGUCCCAACACAGUCAUCCCAUAGGCUUAAAGACAAGAAAGUUGCCUUUUGGACUGAGCUCAGAGCCAAGAAAACUGCAGAAAGAACAACCCAGAGGGAACAUUUUGAGCUUUGAUCAGGAGGCACAUGUUUGAGAGCCUGGAUCCAAGAAAAGGGAUAUGCCACAGAAGUUGUUGCCAAAAUAAAUCAUCUUGUUAUUGAGAACAUAGAAUCAUGCGGC